GGUGCUCUUUCACCAGUUUACAGUCGUGUGAUCGUUGCAACAUGGAGGAUCUGUCAAUAACAAACACGUUUUCGUAGAGAUUUUGGAGUUCAAAAGUCUCAAAAGAAUGAGUGGGCCGUCUUCUGACGAAAUCAAACCAGAGGAUAUUCAUAAUCUCUUAGAACACUGUGUGAAAACUGCACAUAAAGUAAAAGAUGGCGACAUUGAGGGUGAGUUCAUCAUGGAGAGAUGCCUUGUUUUAUUUUCAAAGGACUAUCGAUAUUCGGUGAUUAAAAAUUUUAGUGGUGAGCUGUGCGGCCAUUAUCCUAGUAAAGUUGUUUUUCUGGAGUAUCAACUGUCAGAGGAUGAAAGGAACAAUAAGAAAAGAUAUGACGAUGUUCAGAGUAUGUAUGAUAUUCCCAGGAUGCGAGAACUCAUCAAACAAGCUCGUUACGCACGAUGUCGAUCUCGUUUUGCUGUGCCUGUCAUACUGUAUGAGGGAAAGCAUAUUUGUCGUUCUGCCACACUGGCAAGUGGUGCAGAAAUGUUUGGACGUACUGGUCUAGAUUUCCUUUUUUCAGCCCCAGAUAGACCCCAAGAAGAGGCAGCAGACCGUGGAGGGGGCACGGGGGCGGACACGUUUGACCGAUUCCGAGGUCAUGACAUUAAUUUACUCAAGACAAUGUCUAUCAAGUAUAUCUGUGAUCUGAUGGUGGAAAAAAAGAAAGUCAAAUUUGGAAUGAAUAUCACCUCCUCAGAAAAAGUGGACAAGGAAAAUCGAUACGCAGAUUUCUGUAUUUUAUCUAUACCCUAUCCAGGUUGUGAAUUUUUUAAAGAAUGGAAAGAUAAUUCAUAUUUUGGUGAAACAAUGAAAUUUGAUUGGAGCCAGGAUUAUGUUGAUGCUAACUUAGACGUUCCAGAUGAUUCAUUACUCAAUAAGAUUGGACUUGAUUGGAAAAAAUACAGGACCUGGGAUCUUAUUCAACUGACACAGAAUUACAUGAAACUCUUCAUCCACAUCUUGAGAGAAGGGGACACUGGGAUUCUUGUCCAUUGUAUCUCAGGGUGGGACCGCACCCCCAUGUUUAUCUCCCUUCUCCGCCUGUCUCUGUGGGCAGAUGGCGUUGCUCAUGCCACUCUCUCUCCAUCCGAGAUUUUAUACCUCACUCUGGCCUACGACUGGUAUCUGUUUGGACACAAUCUUCCUGAUCGAGUGAAUAAAGGAGAAGAGAUUUUAUUCUUCUGUUUCAAUUUCCUGACUUACAUUACAUCUGAGGAAUUUUCAGUCAAAUCACCUAGUAAUCUCAGGAAAGUAAGCAGAACAGAUUCUGAGUGCAAUAUGGAUGGAGUAUUGUUAGAUACGGACCAUCGGCGCUUCAGUAUACGAGGCAGUAACACAAGUAUUAGUAGUCUAGGUAGCUGUAGCUUUGAGAAUGCUCCUGUUUUCUUCUCAACAAAUCCAGAGGACGAUUCUCACCUAUCAAAUGGUAACCCCAGUGUGAGUAUCUCGGCCCGGUACUCCCCGGCGGCCAGUAGACUGUCCAUGGAGACCACCACCCUCCAUGGCAGCGUCCAUUCCAACUCCUCCUCCUCCUCCAGUCCAAUGGCGGUCCCCAACAGUCUCCGCAAAGUGGACACCACCCGGGCCUCCUCCCCAGGCUGUGGAAGCUGGCAGGUGGUGUCUAGUUGUGGCAGUCUGAGGGGUUUGGUGUCUUCCCAUGAUUCACCACAUUCAGUAGGAUCCAGUGGCAGCUCAGGAAGGCUCAGCUCCUGCCAAGAAGCCAUAGAAUAUGUGGAAAGUACAAGACAUAAAAAACUUGAUGCAGUGCGAAGGAUCUUCCAUAAUGCUUAUGUUAAUAAAAUAGCUACAAAAUCUGGGGGAGCAGGAGGUAUUGUUAAUUUUCUGGACCAGUUUGCUGAGAAAGUGGGAAUAAGAAGUGGCAGGACUACUGUUGUGUAGCAUAUGGCUGUACUGGCAGGACUCCUUUAUUCAGUGUAGCACAGUGCUCUGUUGACAGGACCUCUGUUGUUUAGCUCACCAGGAUUUUACAGGACUAUUUUUUUUUUAGCUAAACACCCUGUAGGGAGGACUUCUUUAUUAUAACACAGUGCUGUUGACAGGAUUACUUGAUUGAAGCGCCGUGCUGUGUUUUGCUGGACCUUUUAGACUUAAAGUCAAGGACUAGAGUAGCAGAUUGUAUGCCAGUUUUAAAUAUUUAGUUGAACCAGCGAGAAAGGAUGUAUUUGUGAUAAUAUUAUGUGAUAUCAUUUUAUGUCAUAUUUCAUGAUGUUAACAUUGCAUAAGAUGACUGGAAGCUGUAAAUUUUAUUUUCUUGGAUGUAUAUGUUUUAGAGAAAAUGUGGGUGUAUGUAUGAUAUGAAAAUACAUUUUAUUGUUAAUGUAUAA